CCGGCAGGCUGCUAAGGAGCAGACCCUGUGGGAGCUGCUUCUGUCGCCGCCAUCUUAACUCAAAUCUAGAUGGGUGUGGACGCCCUUCUGGAAGUCGUCGAUAAUUCGGACUGAUAUGACGGUGUUUACUCCGUAGAUCUUCUCUAAAUCAUGGCUGUGAUGGUAAAGCUCGGUGUUCCGGUCCUGAUACUGAUAGUUCUGCUGGUUGCUGCUCAGGAACAGCUUAAAUACUUUGAGAUCGGCGGGAAGCUGGUUCUCAGUCCCAAGUUCUCCGGUCCGAUCACCAGCAUAACCUGGAAGCAUAAUGGGAACCUUGUAGCAGAAUGGAUUCAAGGCUCGACUGAAGUGGAAUAUCUGGGUGACCUGAAAGGCCGAUCAGAACUGGACCUGACCACCGGAACACUGACCGUUAGCAACAUGUUAAAAGCUCACGAUGGGUUGUUCACGGUGGAGAUCAACAACAAGGUUCUACCUGGGUCGUUCAAGGCGGUGGGGAUCACGAAUCUGAACCAUACGAAGGUUGAAGUCAUUAUCAGGCCUCUGACGUGCAGCAGUGAAGCUUCUAGCUGCACGCUGGGUUGUGGUGGAGACUUUGAAGAUGAUCAACCCGUCCAGUACUUCUGGAAGAACGGAGAAGAUGGAAAGUGGGAGAGCGGGGAAAAGAAGAAGGACAUUAAUAAUAAUGAGGAAACUCGGAACUUUAAAAGCUUCACCUGCAAAGCGAAGAACCGGAUCAGUGAGAAGGAGAGUGACCCUCUGGAGAACCCCUUCUUCAGCAAAUCUGGAGGCAGCAACACGGUUGUGGUGGUUGUGGUGGUUGUCAUUGUAUUAUUCGGACUGGUUGCUGCUGCCUGGUACAUCUACCGGAGGUUUAUUAAAAAAGCAAGUUUUUGUCCUGCCCGUAAUGGGAGCCGUGGACAACCACCAGACGGGAAACUCCAAGAAGCCAACGAAAUGUUGGAAAAAUGAUGAACCAUUGCCCACCUCUUAAUGAAGGGCACCACCAUGAGGACAUGUUGUGAUGUUCUCCUUCUCUGGAUCAGAACACCAUCCCUGUUCUGUUUGCCUUCCCUGCAGAACCUCCUCAGGGGAAACAGAACAUAAUUGACUGUGUUAUUAAACUUUUACAUGCUGCCCAAUUUUCACAGGUCAUCUUACUGUGUAUCUAAACAUCUGAAGAAACUACAUGAACUUUGGGAUUGCGUGACAUUGAUCAGCCAUUAUUGCUUGUAUACAAUGUACUUUUGACAUUUUCUUUUUAAAUGCACUGGAAUAAAAAAGCUGGACAAUGAUCCAUGUUAUGCGCUGUUAUGCGCUGUGUCUAACAUGAAGGUUCCAAGAAGGUUCUGGUUUCGGGCGUUUAUGCUUGAAGUUAUUCCCUGUGAAUUCAUGGGUAGUCCAGUUUAAAAAUAUGGAUGGUCUUGUAAAUUGUCCCUUGGACCAAGAAAAUGUGUGUGCGUUGAUCUGUGAUGCAUUGAUAACCUAGUCAGAGUACAGCUUGUCUAAUGACCACACUGAUUGAUGAAUAAUACUGUUAAUAUGCUUGUAUUUUAUUCAGCCCCAUUUAUUGUUGCUAAUAUGUUUUUUCUGUGGUUUUCAUGUAUUUAUUUGUUUCCACUUCUUCAGUAAGCGCCUUUUUAAAUAAAUAUGUCGCUCACUCUGAACUGUUUGUUUGCCUGAAGCAUGAAACGAAAGGGAACAAAAGUGAAAAAAGCUUUUAAUCGAACCCGGAAGUUAAUGCAGGGUACGCUCUCGAUUUUCACAUGUUGCUGCGAGGCUAAAGCGUCGCUUAAAUCGGUUUUAUGCGCAGCUGAAUAAGCUAAGAUCGUAAAUAAAAUAAAACGUUUACAAAACCUUUA